UUUCGAGUUUUAUUUGUAUAUUUUGAUUGGAAAUGAUUAUUUAAUAAUGAUUAAACCUGAGGAUACUGAGUAUAUGAAUUAUGAUUAUUCUAAAAAAUAUGCUUCUAUAUUAUUUAUGAAGAAUUAUGAACAACGUAAAAUCUAUAAGGAACAGACGUUAUAUGGUUUUUCUUGUGCUAGUAAAGAUAGUCCUCGUUUUUUACAUGAUCAAAGACUUCGAAUGUAUUUAGAUAGAGUACGUCAUUCUCGAGAAGAAUAUUGGACAAAAAAUCGUAAAGAAGAUCAAAUUAUGCAAUCUUUUUUUUUUGCUGAGGAAAAUGAAAGAUGUAAAUUUUUGGAACAAGAAGCAUCAUUUCAUCAAAUCACUCCUGAUGAGUUUAUUGAUAAUGAGCAAAUAUUUAUUGAACAUAUUGAAGCUUUAGAAAAUGAACAAAACAACUAUCUUAUUAACAGAUAUAUGGAUCAUACAUUUCAUGGGCAUCAUUAAAUCUUCUUUGGCUAUUUUCUUCUUCAAUUAACACUCAUUCUGGCUC